AUGGGGACUGCGAAAACAGGGAAGACCCGCUCCCGUCGCGCCGUGAAGAAGGCAAACCGUCGUAACAAGACGGCGAGUCGCAGCGGUUCACCCGCUAAGAGUGCGGCUGCCGCCGAAGCCUCCAGCCCCUCUCAACGUUCUCCUCUUCGUCGUAGUCCUCGUCGCCAUCUUAAUAACAGUGACCCAGUCCUCGUGGGUUACACGAGAGAAUUGCAAGAGUCAUCAGAGGACGGCUUUGCACUCCCCCUCACUGAAGGCUCUUGGACUGUCGCACGCACGCCCCAAGAUAGCCGGAACCCCACUCCAGCCUUGACUGAGGAUCGGGACGAUGACACCGGAGUCGCGGACGACGAUGUCAUUCCCGGAACUCCCACUGUGGAGCUGAUUCUGGAUGCUGAGGCCGGCACGACGACCGGGGACCAAGCCGUGACGGUUGCUGCUGCGCCAAUCAAGGGAUUCCACCUUUCGAGCGACGGCGGCGUCCAGACUGUCAUGGAGCGCUACGUCGAUUUAUUACCGCUGCUGGGCCCUCCGACUGCCGACAUUGGAGUGCAAUUCUUCAUCGGUUCGCCACGGCGACGGGUCGAUGACAUAAGCACCUGGAAACGUGAGGAAUUCCAAAGAUUGUCGGAGGGUCAUUGCUUGAAGCACUGGACGGUGCAUGGGAACCAUACGACCAACCUGGCAUCCGCUAACCCCCUUGGCGCUUUCUACGAGUUCGACGAGCAGCGAAAACGGUACGCCAACGUCGAGGCCGCAGUGCGUCGUGUCGCCACUCAAAUCAAGCGUCUGCUGAAGGCCGUGCCCACGGUGAAGUUGGCUCUCGAAAACAUGGUGCACAACAACACUGGUUGCGGACGUGACACCCACCACUGGAGCCUGCAGGAGCUCAAGCGUGUCAUCGAUCUGGUCGGGGACAGCCGCGCAAUGCUGUGUAUCGACAUCUGUCACGCGUACAUCACCGACUAUGACUUCAACAUGUUGGACGGUGUGAAGGCAAUGAACGACUUCAUCGACGACGUGGGGACCGAGCGCAUCGCCUGCAUCCACGUGUCCAACAGCUCCACGCGACACGGAGGUACCUGCGAGGGCCACACCCAUAUCUGUAACGGUCAGAUCUCGAUCCCUGCUUUCCGCGCCGUCCUUCGCAACCCUCGUAUCCUCGGAAAGGUGCCAUACUAUCUGGAGACGCCUUACCAUCGAGCAGGGCUACGUCCAAGGACCGACAACACCAAAUAUCUGAAGGAGUUGAGGCUGAAGGUUUUGGAAUGGGAUUUACUGGAGUACCUCAUGAUUGCUUCGGACGCUGAGUGGGAACCGACUAGUUGGGAGACGCGGUUUCAACGAUUCAAGGGGGGUGCGCGCAAACUCGAGAAGAAUAUCGCCUACAGAGCGACCAAAGCCGAAACUCAGGGCGAGGUACGGCACGCCAACCACCUCCUUAAGUCGCGCCGGGCUCUCAACGCGAGAGCCGUUAGAGUAGAGAAGGAAGAGUGGCUGAAGACUGUCAAGGAGACGUGCCUCACUCCCGCAAAUGGCGCUGUGGUCGAAGACGAGCACCAGCGUUAUACGCGAGAAAUCGCGCAAGCGCUCGUCAAACCAGUCAAGAAGGAGACUCCACCGGCCUCGACGGAGGUGCAGGUGUCCGAGCCGCAGACAGCGGGGAAGACCGUGAGGACGAUGAAGCAACGUUCGACGAGUGCCUCGCUCAUGCUUGCUGCUGCCGCGGGGCGCAUUGUGGACACCAGGCCGCGACGCGCAGCGGCUGCACAGUCCGCCGGCACAUUCGCCAACGGCGGUGAGAGCAGUGUCUGGGCUAGUUUCGACGACUAUGAACUCCCCCAAGAUGUCGACCCUCCAGAGCACGAAGAACACCCGCUUUACGUCCCGAACGCCUAUGUGAAGAGAACCCUCAAGCGUACAAUAAGUGUCGAUGAGUCGACGACGGCCUGGCGGGCGGAAGCGCGUCAAGGAUCCGCGGGUGUGCCCAGUGCCCCGCCGCCGCAGCGGAGGAGACGGAGAAGUGACCCGCUGUAG